AUGCGCUCUCUCCGCCCGUGCCGUUGCGCUCUCUCCCCCCGUGUCAAUGCGCUCUCUCCCCCCGUGCCGUUGCGCUCUCUCCCCCCGUGUCAAUGCGCUCUCUCCCCCCGUGCCGUUUCUCUCUCUCCCCCCGUGUCAAUGCGCUCUCUCCCCCCGUGCCGUUGCGCUCUCUCCCCUGCUGCCGAUGCGCUCUCUCCGCCCGUGCCGUUGCGCUCUCUCCCCCCGUGCCAUUGCGCUCUCUCCCCUGCUGCCGAUGCGCUCUCUCCGCCCGUGCCGUUGCGCUCUCUCCCCCCGUGCCCUUGCGCUCUCUCCCUCCGUGCCGUUGCUCUCUCUCCCCCCGUGUCAAUGCGCUCUCUCCCCCCGUGCCGUUGUGCUCUCUCCCCUGCUGCCGAUGCGCUCUCUCCGCCUGUGCCGUUGCGCUCUCUCCCCCCGUGCCCUUGCGCUCUCUCUCUCUCUCCGUGCCGUUGCUCUCUCUCCCACCGUGUCAAUGCGCGCUCUUCCCCCGUGCCGUUGCGCUCUCUCCCCUGCUGCCGAUGCGCUCUCUCCGCCCGUGCCGUUGCGCUCUCUCCCCUCGUGCCCUUGCGCUCUCUCCCUCCGUGCCGUUGCUCUCUCUCCCACCGUGUCAAUGCGCUCUCUCCCCCCGUGCCGUUGCGCUCUCUCCCCUGCUGCCGAUGCGCUCUCUCCGCCCGUGCCGUUGCGCUCUCUCCUCUCGUGCCCUUGCGCUCUCUCCCUCCAUGCCGUUGCUCUCUCUCCCACCGUGUCAAUGCGCUCUCCCCCCCCGUGCCGUUGCGCUCUCUCCCCUGCUGCCGAUGCGCUCUCUCCCCCCGUGCCUUUGCACUCUCCCCCCCCCGUGCCUUUGCGCUCUCUCCCCCCGUGUCAAUGUGCUCUCUCCCCCCGUCCUGUUGCGCUCUCUCCCCCCGUGCCCUUGCGCUCUCUCCCCCCGUGCCGUUGCGCUCUCUCCCCCUGUGCCUUUGCGCUCUCUCCCCCCGGAUCCUGUUGCUCUCACUCCCCUGCUGCCAUUACUCUCACUCCCCUGCUGCCGUUUCUCUCUCUCCCUGGCUGCCGAUGCUCUCUCUCCCCUGCUGCCGUUGCUCUCACUCCCCUGCUGCCGUUGCUCUCACAUCCCCCUCUCCCGUUGCUCUCACUCCCCUGCUGCCGUUGCUCUCACUCCCCUGCUGCCGUUGCUCUCACUCCCCUGCUGCCGUUGCUCUCACCCCCCUGCUGCCGUUGCUCUCACUCCCCUGCUGCCAUUGCUCUCACUCCCCCACGGAUGCUAUGAUAUUGAAUGCUCUCACACUCAGUACUUGUUCUACUCUCCAUACUUGUGUCUUCCCGGAGCAGCAGGGGGGGAAGAAAGAAGAGGUGGAGGGACGGCUGCUGGCUGGUCACACCCGCAGCAGGACAGCAGGGCGCGCGGGGCGCGCAGGGCUGCAGGGCGCGCGGGGCGCACAGGGCAGCAGGGCAGCAGGGCGCGCGGGGCGCAGCAGGGCUGCAGGGCGCGCAGGGCUGCAAGGCACGCGGAGCGCACAGGGCAGCAGGGCGCACAGGGCUGCAGGGCAGCAGGGCGCGCAGGGCGAACAGGGCAGCAGGGCGCACAGGGCUGCAGAUCCCCUCCCCCCCACCGCUGCACCCGCAGCAGGGGGAUGGAGGAGAAGUGGGGGGGGCUGGGGGGGGCUGGGGAGGGCUGGUGCUGCAGAUCCCCUCCUGCCUCCCCCUGAACCUCCAAGCCCCCCCCCCUCCCAACACAAGGGGGGCGGGGGCGGAGCUGCGCGUGCGACUGCAGGGCACGCGGGCAGGAAGAAACCGUCACCCCUCUUGCCACCCCCUUACCCUCCAUGA